AUGAAUAAAGCAGAACCAGAUCGACCAUGGCGCGAAAACUUUGCACUGAUCUGUUCGAGUAAAGAGGGUAAGACAUAUCUUAUAAUCGUUGACUACUCUUCAGGAUAUUCCGAAAUAGCUCUCUUAAAUUAAACAGUAUUACAUCUACAAGUGUAAUUACGUAUAAUAACAAUAAUAAUAAUAAUAAUAUUUAUAAUAAUAAUAAUAAUAAUAAUAAUAAUAAUAAUAAUAAUAAUAAUGGAAACUUUUUAUUAGAUAUUUACAAUAUACUAUAUAUUUAACAAUUAUUCGCCGAAGGCGAGGUGAUUAUCGGUGAAUAAAAACCGAGACGAAGUCGAGGUUUUUAUUCACGAUAAUCACCGAGCCUGAGGUGAAUAAUUGUUUUAGUAUAAUUUCAUAGGUGAUUAUUUGGAAAAAAAUAAAUUAAAAUGCACAUUUCUUUGUCAUUUGAUUGACAAAACGGCUUCGGCCGCCAUUUUGAAAAUCGCUUAGGUGAUUAUCGCGUAAUAAUCACCUCAACGGCAACCAAUCAGCGUGGAGAAUUUUCAAUAAUCACCUAUGUAAUUAUACUAAACAUUGAUAAACCUCACUUAAUAAAAGGUAGCUUAUCGAUGUCCACUUGAAUUGAAUAUGAAGCGAAAAUAUAUAUACAGGUGAAAAUCUUUUAAAUUUAGUUAAAGUUUAAAAGUUCUGGGUUGUUCCAGUCUUUGUUUCGUCUACACACUGUUAAUUUCGAGGAGUCAAAUUGACUCCAAAAGUGGAGUAAAUAAAAAAGGUACAGAACAACUCCUUUUUUGGAGUAAAUUUUACUCCUUUAUUUACUCCAUUUUUGGAGUAAAUUUUACUCCAUAAGUAGUUGUUUUUACUCCUCAAAGAGUAAAAACAACUCUACUUAAGGAGUAAAAUUUACACCAAAAAUGGAGUAAAUAAAGGAGUAAAAUUUACUCCAAAAACGGAGUCGUUCUGUACCUUUUUUAUUUACUCCACUUUUGGGGUCAAUUCGACUCCUUUGGAGACAAAAUGACUUCUAUAUAUCGCAGUAAAGAAGUCUUCAACUAACUUUAGAAAUCAAUAAAGACAUUUUUCGAGUCAAAAUAAUUUAUUAUUCCUACAAGUAAGGUAUAUUAUAGCAGGAAAUACAAUUUGCUGUAGCAUAAUAUAAUGAUAUACUCUUACGCCCUGUAAUAUUUUUUAAUGAAGUUCUAAAAUGAAAUUUUGAUUAGAAUGAUAUCAUGAAUACAUGUGGAAUACAAUUACAAGCCUGUCAGCAUGAAUUGAACCUGCAGCCCUGCAAUUCUACCACAGCCCUCUGACCUAAAGAGCCCUUUUGCCAAGAGGUAACCACAACUUGCUUUAUAUAUACCAUGGUGGUGUCAUUGGUAGUGUAUUAAAUAAACUGCCCAGGAUGACACUAGUAUUAUAUACAUGAACUCUUGGUUACAGUAGAGCUUGAUUGACUCUCAGGGCGAUGGACUCUUACGGCUUGAGGACACUUGACGGUUAAAAAGCUGAUCAGAAUCACAGGGCAGCAGGUUCCAUUCCCAGCACAGUACCGGCUAUUACACAGUUAUCGUUCAAAAAAUUUACAUUUACAGAAAAGCUUUAGCCAUUAAGUGGCAGCACUCUCUCCUUAAUGAGCAAAAAUUGUCUGACCACAUUAGACAGAAAAAGUAAAGCAAAUUGCCACUUAAAGGGUUAAUAUUCUGUUCAAUGUAGAAUUUUACAAGUAAAAUAUACUGCAUGUAUUAAAUGUAUGUAGUGUCACUGCUCAAUCAAACAUGGCAAGCAAGUCCAUUAGUAAAAAUUUAGUACAAAACAAGCUGUAUACCACAAGUCGGCUACUCCAUCCCUUGCAUGGUUUGGUAAUUCACAAAAAUGCUCUCCAGCAAAAGAAUAACAUUUUCCAAAUAGACCAUGAAGUUAUUAGAAUGCCAUUAAUGAUCACAUAUAAUACCACUUGUUUAGACAACUUGCCUUCUCCUGGGAAGCUUUUGUUAAAUCCAUAUAUUAAUGACAAUCCCUAGUAAGAAAAAAAUAUAUAAGGUUGAUACUUAACAGCAGCAAAUUAUUGAUUGAUGUUUAUGAUGUUACUCUGAGUGUGCAUCCACACCGGGCAAGCUGAAAGGUUAGUUUGGCCACGGUGGGAAUCGAACCUGCGGCCUUUGGAAUACUAGUCCAAUGCUCUGUCAACUGAGCUACAUAUUUUGGAACUGAGUCUAGUUCCUUCGAUAUCAGUGUACAGGGGUAUUUAAUGAUACGAUUAUUUUGUGUGUGUUGGUGUCAUGCAUGUACUCAGGUGAACAUACAAUGUUUGUGAUGUUACUCUCACUGAGUGUGCAUCCACACUGGGUAAGCUGAAAAGUUAGCUUGGUCACGGUCACAGGUUCGAUUCCCACUGUGGCCAAGCUAAAUUUUCAGCUUGCCCGGUGUGGAUGCACACUCACAGAAACAUCACAAACAUCAUAUAUUCACCUGAGUACAUAAUGUACGAGUCAAAUCCAACCGCGAUCAGGCCCCCCCGGGGAAUUUGGUCAAAUGCCCGCCCGAACAGGCAGAAACCACAGUCAAAUGCCCUGCUAUAGGGGUAGUCCUGGUUCUGGAAUUUUGGCCAAAAUUAAAUUGAACAAGUAUUUCAAGAUUAAAAAGAAUGAAAAAUAGGCCAGAUAGUUCUUCUUUUUGUUCAACUGGGCAUAUUGUAUCAUAUAUCUACGAUUGAUAUUUGUGAUUCAGAAGCAAUUUUUAAACUAUCGAAAAGACGCAAAAUAGAAAACUCGUGAAGCGCUAGAAUGUACACAUAUUUUUAGGGAAAACUGCUGAGCAAGUUGUUGUCAAGUGGUCAAAUGCCCGGCUGGGCCGUCAAAUUCCCGACCGGGCCAUCAAAUUCCCGCCUAUACGGGGAUAAUGUUAAGUCAAAUGCCCUGGGGUUGCCCGGGGGGGGACUGAUCGUGGUUGGAUUUGACUCGUACAUAACACCAACACACACAAAUUAAAAAUUAUUGAUUGAUUGACAAUGAAUUUGCUAUUUUUGCAUGGUUGUUUGCAUAUACAAAGCAAGAAAUACAAAAUUCAAAUGCUUUUACUCAUUUAAUGUAAGCAUGCAAUUGAACUAACAUCAUCCAAAUGAAUACAACUUUUCUGGUAAAGGGUGUUUAAAAUAGAGGUGCAUAAUUGACCCAAAAUUCUUUGUCCCAAAAUCUUGCUAAUGCCAAGCUAGGAUUUUCCAUAUAAAUUAUAUACAAUCACGCACGAUUUGGCACAGUAUUACCCCUGGGCCCAGGGUAAAAAGAUCUCUGUGAUUGUUUUUGUCAGUUUAUACAUUUCGAGACUGUCUGCAAAAGUAUGAGUGAUUGAUCACUUGUUGGUUCAGUUUAUUGGGAAAUGUGCUUCUACUAUAUAACUCAGUCUGGGUGAUUUGUUUUGGCAAGCCUGCCCAUCUAAAGAGGCUCAUGUUACCAGACAUUCAUCCAGGGAAAGCGAGCUAUAGCCAGGUUACCUGGGUGGCUCGCCUCUAUAUAAGCAGCCCCUUACACAUGUUUUAGGCUGACUGAUAGCCGAUAGGAGGGUUACCAUAGCAAGCACAUGCCAUACACUGGGUAAUAUUAGAUGGGCUAUUGCAAUGCUGUCAAAUGUGACUGCAUUUCAAACAGAUCACAUAUAUAAAAGUAUACAUAUUUAACACGAAAUACAACAUACAUGUAUAUCACACAAAUAAAGCCCCGUUUACACGAGCAAAUUUUAUUUGACAAAUUUCAUAUGUCAGAGAUAUUUUGCUCGUGUAGAUGAUAAAUUUGGGACAAAUUUAUUGUGACAAAUGCAUUUGAACAAAGCUAGCAUGCUAGCUUUUGAUGAAAUGAAAUUUGUCAAAUAAAAUUUGCUCGUGUAAACGGAGCUAACAACACAAGUAGAGACUGUAGAUUAGACUUAUGGACUUCUGCUAAUACAAAUUAAUCGAAAAUUAAAACUGAACGUCUAGAUCGGCAAAUCGGCGGCGAAGCGACUAAAAUACAGCCCUUCGUCUUCGAUUUAAAAAUAUAACUAUACAGUAUAUCAAGUAACUUUCCGCACACAAAUAAGUAAAUACACAAUAAACAUACCUUUGAAAACAAAUUCCAUGUAUCUUAUUAGGUCUUUGGAACUUUAUAUGUAGAAAAUUUGAAUAAAUAUCUUUCCCUUUGAAUGUUUGCUCUCAAAGGAUUGAACUUGGCGCCUGGUCUUUGUGUGAACCAGAUCGAAUUACUACAACACGUGGUAUAUUCUAAGCAUGCUAAUUGGUUGAAACUCUGGAACUUCCACUUGUCGCAAAUUUUUUUCAGCAGAAUUCAGCAGCAGAACAUUCCACACGUUCAAAUUACAGAUUUAGGCCAGCAAAUAAAAAAUAUAGAUGACUCGCCGACAAUUUCUGGCUACCGAUUCGAUCGCCGCGUGCGAUUGAAGCCGAUAUACGGUAUAAUACAUCAAUGGCAUCAAUCUGACAUGGCAACAUUCGAGUAACCAAAAACGUAAAACUAAAAAAAAAAGACUUUAUAUCUCGAACUUCGUGCUUUUCGCAUCUGACUGUAUUCAAUACUUGAAUAGAGUAUAGGCUAUAGCCUCCAGCAGAAAAAGUCUUGGAUUCUCAGGCACAUUAAUUAUAUAUUGUAAUAAUUUACUCCAGAUCCAGAACAAUUUUACUCUUUUUUGGGAGUUGAAACGACCCCUGGAGUAAAAUUAAGGAGUACAAAUUACUCCAUAAUUUCUACUCCUAAACGCGAGUUUAGUUUACUCCUCCAGCGGAGUAAAAUUGACUCCUGAUGGAGUAAAUUGUGGAAUGCGCGACAAAGUGGAGUAGUUUUAACUCUAUUUUGGGAGUAGAUUUUACUCCACUAUUUUUACUCUCCCGAGUUGAGUAGUUUUAACUCCUAUGGUGGAGUUAAAAUAACUCCUUGAAAUUAACAGUGCAGAAUAUAUAAUAAGACGUGCGAAUACAAGUAGCAAUUAUUUUCUUUUUUACAUAUUUAAUACAUUGUUCGUCGUACUUCAGAUCAUGGAGCAUUUAAAAUAAAGUAUUCGUCGAUUCAGCAAAUACACCUAAAGAGCUUAUAGAUACAUUAACAAACUUAACUUCAUCAUACAUAUUUUCUUGAUCGGCAAUUAGAGUCAAAUAUUUUUCAUGUUUUCGAUCUGAGUUAGUUUUCAGGUUUGUUUCGAAUCCAACAGUUAAUUCAAGAAUGUACAAAAUCUUAUUUUCAAUUGUCAAUAGGAGGUCUGGUCGUAACUCGUCACCAGUGAUGACAAAUGGGCUAAUAAAUCCAGGCAGAUCUACAUACAUUUUGGACCUUCCGACGUCGAGAAGGCUGGACGCAAUGAGAUUCAAAACUGAAUCAUGUCGCCAUGUAUAUCUCCCUUCGUUUAGAUAUGUCUUACAUCCAGAGAUUACGUGCAAAAGCGAUUCAGGGCGGAAGCAGAACGAACAGUCAGAAGAUGAUGACAGACCCCAUUUAACUAGGUUUUUCCUAGUAGGCAAAGAAUUGGUUGAUGUAACGUAGACUGAAGUUAAAUAUGUUCUUAGGAAGUUUUGAAUGAACCGAUGACCAUAGGGAAUUGAAUGCCAACGUGGAGUUUUUUACGAUGUUUGAGAAAAGAGAACCUAAUAUAAUAAUAAUAAUAAUAAUAAUGGAAACUUUUUAUUAGAUAUUUACGAUAUACUAUAUAUACAUUGAUAAACCUCACUUAAUAAAAGGUAGCUUAUCGAUGUCCACUUGAAUUGAGUUUAAAGCUAAAAUAUAUAUACAGGUGAAAAUCUUUUAAAUUUAGUUAAAAGUUUAAAAGUUCUGGGUUGUUCCAGUCUUUGUUUCGUCUACAGAAUAUAUAAUAUGACGUGCGAAUACAAGUAGCAAUUAUUUUCUUUUUUACAUAUUUAAUACAUUGUUCGUCGUACUUCAGAUCAUGGAGCAUAUCAAAUAAAGUAUUCGUCGAUUCACCAAAUACACCUAAAGAGCUUAUAGAUACAUUAACAAACUUAACUUCAUGAUAUAUAUUUUCUUGAUCGGUAAUUAGAGUCAAAUAUUUUUCAUGUUUUCGAUCUGAGUUAGUUUUCAGGUUUGUUUCGAAUCCAACAGUUAAUUCUAGAAUGUACAAAAUCUUAUUUUCAAUUGUCAAUAGAAGGUCUGGUCGUAAUAAUAAUAAUAAUAAUAAUAAUAAUAAUAAUAAUAAUAAUGGAAACUUUAUUAAAUGUUUUUCUUUACAUACAUAUACAAUCGUAAAUCUUUCUCAUAAAGGUAACUUACGGUUGGUUUUAUAAUAAUAAUAAUAAUAAUCUUUAUUGCACACAUAAAUUACAUAACGAGAAAUACAAUUAAUAAAAGGGAAAAAAAGUUUUACAAAAGACAGUGUGCAAGAUCACCUAUAAUAACCAUAAGGGACUAAUCGAGACAGGCGAUCUUCUAAAAUAAUACAAUUAACACAGAAUUACGAAAAAAGAUAGCAUUACAUCCACGGAAGAUAAAUAUAGCUCCGAUCAUUAUCUAAGCAUGAGUUUGCUCCAUAUCAGUGCUUUGUUUUUACUUAAAUAUAUAUAUAUAUAUAUAUAUAUAUAUAUAUAUAUAUAUAUAUAUAUAUAUAUAUAUAUAUAUAUAUAUAUAUAUAUAUAUAUAUAUAUAUAUAUAUAUAUAUAUAUAUAUAUAUAUAUAUAGUAGCCACACAUAUUUAUUAAAACAAAUUAAAAUUGUUAUUUUUAAAUUAUAGUAAUCUCAGUUAGAUAAGUAGUUAAUAUAAACUUAUCAGAGAUAUGAGUUGUUUUGCUAGACAUGGAAUUCCAGAUCGUGUUAUAUCAGAUAAUGGUCCUCAAUUAGCCUUUCUCACGCCGCCAUUUUUGGGGUACUGUAAUUUUUCGUAAACGGUUAUAACAAUGUGAAAAGCAAUAUUUCAGAACAAACUAACAAUUUACAGAGUAAAUUUACCAUCAUACACCCAUAAAAUUAUAAAAUGUCGCCGUUACGUGGUGUUACGCUCGCAGGAUUGGCAAAAUAGUGCCCCAAAAAUGGCAGCGUGAGAAAGGCUAAUUGAACGGGCAGUGAAAACGGUGAAAAGUCUUCUUCAAAAGUCGAAAGAUCCGUAUAUUCGAAAGAAUAUCGAGACACUCUACUCAAGAAUGGUUAUAGUCCUGCUGAACUCUUAUUUGGAAGAACGAUUCAAACGACUCUUCCACUAGUAUCACAGCACCUUGUCCCUACCUGGCCUUAUCUUGUAGCUGUCAGAGAUAGGGAAGAAAGAAUGCAGAAACGAUAGAAGAAGAAUUACGAUUUCCGUCAUAAAGUGAAAACAUUAGAGCAACUUGAACCUGAUUGUCCAGUGUGGAUUCCAGAUCGUAAAGAGUCGGCUACAAUUGUCAUGUGGUUAAGAGCCCAACAACAACUGUUCGACGCAACUGUUCGACAUCUGAUCGAAGACCCUUCAAAGAAUAGUCGCGAAGAGCCGCAAGAAGCACAUCAACUACAUCAGGAACUGCAGUGCCAGAGAACAAUCCAGGUUAUUACACAAGAUCAGGUAGACUAUCUGCACCACCUGAUAGACUGGUAUAUAUUUAGUGUUUUGCUCUUUAUUAUCUCUUAUAUAACUAACGUACAAUGUCUAAAUCGAAUGAACCUAGAUGUUCGUAAAUGUUGUUUAUAUAUCGUAUCUCCGCUGACGCACCACACCGUGGGCGCUACCGGUACAGGUAGCCCGUACAUAUCGUAACAUCUUCCCUUCCAAAAAUAAUAAUCAAACUGUCUAACAUUAAGUUUAAAAAAUAUAUAUAUAUAAGUAAUUAAAUGUCAACAGUAAUUCAUUGAUAUCCUGAACCUAAAGGUUGAGUCUCACUGGCGGUUUGCUUAUCCGUCCGCUCCUUGUUAUCUUUACGGGUUGCGCUAUUUCUGGAGUUGGUAGGCUGACUGGUACAGGUGGCUCCUCUGUGGUAGUAGGUUGCUGCAAUGGCUGCACGGGGACCAAAUCCGACUGAAUGACUGAUGGCACUGCCAAGGGUGAGGUUUCCGGUGGAGUUUCAGCAGUACUAUCCCUUGCGCUACAUAGGAAUUUCCGAUUUCUGCGAAAUACGGAGCCAUCAACAUCGACCAAAUACGAUCUUGCGGCAACUUUGCCAAGGCAAAUCCCUCUCCUCCAUUUGUUCCUACCAUCCUUGGGUAGGCUGGUCAUUCUGAUUGGUUGACCAAUUUUUAAAUCUGGUAGCUCUUUUGAACCUGGAUCGAAAUGUUUUUUAGCUUUUUUGCGCUUCAACGUAAGCCUCGUCUGAACGUCUUGUUGGAUCUCAGGCUCCAGCAGGUGUGCUGCAAGUGGCAGUGUUGUCUUGGUUCUCUUUGACAUCAGCCUUUGUACUGGACUACUGUCCAUACCCUCUGUCGGUGUAUUCCUAUAAUCCAGGAAGCUCAUCCACAUAUCUCGUCCAGUUCUUUGUGCCUUCUUCUGCAGGGUUUUCGCAGAUUUCACUGCUGCCUCUACAAGCCCGUUGGAUUGCUUGUGGUAUGGAGAGGAUGAAAAAUGCUCGAACUGCCAAUGAUCGGCAAAAGAUGCAUAUUCUGUGCAGUCGAAUUGGGGGCCAUUAUCACUGUAAACUCGAUCAGGUAUGCCAUAGCGGGCAAGGUGCUGCUUAGUCUUAUUGAUAACGUCGGCUGCCGUAGUUUGAGAUAGUUCAUCAACUUCCCAGAAUCCACUGUAAGCAUCAACUGUUAUAAGAAAGUCUUUUCCGUCUAGACUGUAAAGAUCCUGUGCAAUGACACUCCAUGGGCGCUUUGGGAGCUCUGGAGUCAUCAGGGGUUCUUUGGCUUGUGCUGGCGCAAAAUCUGCACAAAGACUACAACUGCUGACCAGAUCUUUAACUUGUUGGCUCAUGCUGGGCCAAAAAAGAGCAUCUCUUGCACGGCGAAGACACGCUUGCUCCCCUUGAUGACUAGCAUGUAUACGAGACAGCAGUUUCUUGCGGAGAACAGUGGGGACGAUGACCCUAUCUCCCUUGUACAACACCCCGUUAUAGAUACUUAUUUCCUCACGGAACGUCCAAUACUCAGCAACGCUCGGGUCUGCUUCCGGUUUGGUUUCAGGCCAUCCCCGCAACACUAUCUCUUUAAGGCGCUGUAACUUUGCGUCUGCCUCUGUUUCACGCUGGAUACUCCUCAGACCGUCAUCCGAUACUCUUAUAAAUUCAGACGCAUUUAUUUGUUCCACAUCCACACGGCAAACAUCUUCUUUCUCCGGCCUCAGACAGUUCCCAGGAGGAACAACAUCGGGUAAAGGAGCCUAGAAAGCGUGUCAGCAAUAAACAUCUCAGUUCCUUUUUUAUAGCGAACUUUAAGAUUAUACUUCUGAAGACGGAGUAACAUGCCUUGAAGACGCUUUGGAGCUGCUGUCAAGGGCUUCCCAAAAAUGGCUUCUAGGGGCUUGUGGUCGCUCUGUACAUCCACUGACUUUCUUCCAUAGAUGUAUUGAUUAAAUCUAUCACACGAAAAGACUAUUGCUAAACACUCCUUUUCUAUCUGGGCGUAACCUCUUUCUGUUGGCGUUAAUGUCCUGGACGCAAAUGCCACAGGUUGUCCAUCUUGAAGCAGAGCAGCUCCAAGACCAGUCUCACUGCUGUCACACUGAAUUGACACUGGCUUGAUAAUAUCAUAAUAGCAUAGAACUGGAUGGUUUGCAACCAGUUUCUUGAUACGAUCGAAGGCAUCUUGAUGGUGCUUUUCCCAAACCCAUUCAGCAUCUUUGUCGGUUAGUCGUCUUAGAUGUUCACUCUCGUCUGCGAGAUGUGGCACGAAUUUGGCGAGGUAAUUGACAAAGCCCAGGAAUCCUUGCACAGCCUUCACCUUCUCUGCCCUGUUACGUCCAUCAGGUCGUGGCAUGUCUUGCACCGCACGCACCUUUUCAGGAUCAGGCUUUACAUCAUCGGGGGUAAGCAGGUGGCCAAUAUAGGGAACUUCAUUUAAUCUAAGCUUCAGCUUCUUGGGAUUCAGUUUUAAGUUCACUUCCCUUGCUCUCUGCAGCAAUGCUACGAGAUUUCUAUCAUGAUCUCGAAGCUCUUCCUCUUGUGUCUCCCCUUGACCUGUGAUCAGGAUGUCGUCUGCGAUUACGUGGAUGCCAGGGAGACCUUCAAGCACCUCAUGUUGUCGCCUCUGGUAUUCUUCGGGAGCAGUGGCAAUCCCAAAUGGCAUUCUUAACCAACGGUACCUGCCAAACGGGGUCCAGAAUGUCGUGAGGUAGCUACUUGUUUCAUCCAGUUUGACUUGCCAGAAGCCAUUCUUCGCGUCUGCAACACAGUCGAAGCUUGGAUCCCUUCCGCACAAUAACUUGACUGCUAAUCCAUUCAGUCGGCUCUGUGACUUUCUUGAGAACCUCCAUUUUUUCUAAUGUUUCAAUAUGUGCUUUUAGCUCGGCUUUCAAUGGUAUUGCAAUUCGUCUGGGGGUAUGCUUAACAGGUUGAGCAUCAGGAUCUAUCUCUAGGUGGUACUCACCAGGCAAGCAGCCAAGUCCCCCAAACACAUCUUUAUAUUCCAUGAAAAUAUCUGAUGGAGCUGUUAUCGGAGAGGUAUUUAUGCUAUUAGCUAUAUGCACAGUGAUAAGUCCCAUGCUUGUACAUGUCUCUCCAGACAGCAAUGGCUUCUGCUCGCCCUUGAUAAUCUUGAAGUUAAGCCUGCGACUUUCUCCAUUGUAGAUGCAAUUGAGGUCACACUCUCCGAGGGCUGGUACACAACUCCCAUUGUAUAAUUUUAAUUUGGUGUUAGUUGGCUGCAUGGUUGGGCUUCCACUCUGCUUGAUUUCACAUAAGGUAUUGAAGGACAUGACAUUACAGGUGGCUCCUGUGUCAAGCUGGCAUUGGAUUUGACUUUCACCACCGUCCUUAUCCCAAAAGGAAAGGGAUAUAAAAUAACGCUUUCUUUCUACAUGUCUUAUUGCGUCAACAGUUUCGACAUAAAAGGCAUACUCGUCAUCUGAUUAUUCUUCAUUCAUAAGGUUAACUCCUUGCUUCUGCAUGCAAACUGAUUGGAAAUGAUUUGCCUUUCCACACUUUCGGCACGACUUGCCAAAGGCUGGACACUUAUGUUUGUCCCGUUCAUGAGCUCCACCACAAUACUUGCAUUUGCCACCUUGUUUAAGUUGGUUCCCGCUCUCUUUUCUUUGUCGAUCUACUGAUUUUGAAACAUUCUGUUUCUUUGCAUCUUGUCUCUGAGCAUAAUUGACAGGCUCUUGAUUGUCUUCUCUCUUUAUUUUCUUCAAUUGUUCACUUGUGGUCUCACUUAUACAAAGGGACUCUAUAGCUUUCUUGAGAGUGCAAUCUUUCUCGCGGAAAAGCCUGGUCCUGGCCGCACUGUCCCGACAGCCAAGAACCAGACGGUCUCUCACCAUCUCAUCUUCUAGUGUUCCAAAGUUACAUGGCUCAGCUAAUUGCCUGAGGUUUAUAAGAAACUGGUCAAUAGUUUCAUGUACUUGCUGUUCAGUGUUAUGGAAAAUAUAUCUCUCAUACAGAAUAUUUCGUACUGGUACGAAAUGGUCUUGCAGCUUUGCAAGAAUAAUAGCUGGAUCUUUCAUAUCGGCUUCUGAUAAUUGAAGUCUUUUAAGUAUUUUCUUGCACUCAGUUCCCAUUAGACUUUUCAACGUGGCCACUUGAACUUUCUUGUCCUUCUGAUCUAAGCCUGUUGCUAUUAAAUAAUCUUCAUAUGCUUCAUGAAAACUCUUCCAGUUGUUUGCGACAUCGCCAUUGCAAUUCAUUGGUUCUGGUGCUGGAAUCUGGUACGUUGCCAUGCUUUUUUCUUUUUUUUUUUUUUUUUCCGAAUUCAGAAAAUCCAAUAUGGCGGCCUACUGGGUCACGUAAAUCUUCGAAAUAUUUGCACUUUUAACAUUCGUGUUGCGAUAUUUUUUCAAUAAAAUAUAUCCACACGGCUUCAGUUAAAAGAUCUCACUCCUGACACCAUGUUUUGCUCUUUAUUAUCUCUUAUAUAACUAACGUACAAUGUCUAAAUCGAAUGAACCUAGAUGUUCGUAAAUGUUGUUUAUAUAUCGUAUCUCCGCUGACGCACUACACCGUGGGCGCUACCGGUACAGGUAGCCCGUACAUAUCGUAACAUUUAGCAUUAGUUAUUAGAUAUUAAUAUUUAGUAAUUGGUAUAUCGUGGUAUUUAUUUGAACACUUAGACUUUAGUUUGCUUUUUUAUAUAUUUAUUAUUUAGAACUUAGAAAGGGAGGUGUAGUAUUAUGUACUAUACUUAAUUAUGCAUGCAUAACCCUCUUGUAUAUAAAGCUGUAGAUCGUUAAUGUAAGUAUUAAAAAGUACAUUUACAUCACCUUUAAUCUAAAUAUGUUGUAUUUGAAUGUUUAGCAUGCAAUUUAUUACAAAUUUCACCAUUAAAACUUUGUCUUGAGAAGUUGAGAUUUUUUAAAAUGUGUUCUCAGAAUCAGGAAAUGCUAUUUCAGAGACCCAAAUUUUAAACAUUUCCUGGGGGGCAUGUCCGCAUGACCCCAUACCUAACUCAUGCCUAUACUAUCCUGGGGGGAGGGCAAGGAAAAUGGUCCCUUUGGCAUGUUUGCCCAAACACUGAAGAGUCCUUAAAAAAUGCACUGAUGUAUUGUUAGAUAUAUUAUUAUCAUAUAACAAUAUCUACGUUACUCUUAUUCUUAUUGUGAUUACGAAUUAAAGUGAAGAUAGUGUCUUUUAGUUUUUAAAUUAAACAAAACUUGUUCAUCAGUUCGAAAUGGGAUGGGUGGAAGGAUAUUUGUGCGUUUUGAAUCUUAAAGAAACCAAGGACGUCUGCGUUGGGGAGGUGUAACACCUCAAUAAUUUGUAAGUGCAAAACGGUUGGUCAAAAUGGAAAAUAUUUGAUCAAAAUAGUUGGUUACUUUUUAAACGCGAAUUAGAAAAGAUAAAAGUGCGAAUGUACCGAAAUCCAAAUUAUGCGUAUUAAGCAAAAUAGCACGAAUCACCGUACGAAAUUAAGAAAUAUAAUGUUUGAAAAAUUGUCAUUCUCGGGUGCCCCCCCCCCCCCGAAUCCGUUAUUGUCCUUGGUUUUGUCGUAUUUCGUUGUUGAUAUCAACGCCGUUUGAUAAUUGUAAAAUAAUCGAAAGCUGUUUACUGAAAAUCUUCAUCCCUAAAUAUUUCAUUAUUCAGUUCUGCCAAAUGAUGUAAUCAUAUCUAACAAAGCAUUAUUGUAUUUAUUUCUGACAGCUGGUUAUACAUCUGCUCCAGGAUCAUUUAUAUUUUCUCUUGGCAAUAAUGACGACCUUCCGCCUUUCAAGGCACCGCUGAAAGAUGACAAUAGCGGGUAUGCAAUCUACCGUGAUAAUUGGUUUGGACCAAUAUUUGGUGGAGGUUAUGACCUCUAUAUUGCCGACUAUGCGUUAUCAAAUUCCUACACAAAAUUUGGUCACACCUACCAACCUCUCUCUGGACAAACCGAAACAGAAUCUCUGAAUGUAUGGUACUUUAUUCCAUCAGAAAUUGAAGUAUUAUAUUUAAAUUGAAACUGUUCAUACUUACUUAAUAAAAGGUAAAUAAUAUUGACAAACAAGUAACGAUAUAACGUAAAUUAUCUAAUGAAUGCAUGUAGGCUACCCCCUGAUAAACGCUGACCUCCACACCCCGACUCGAAUGAUUGAGCAUUUUGUUUCAAUAUCUAAUGAACUCCCCUUUCUCUAGAUUACGUUAAAUGACUAUUAGAAUACACACUUAUUCCAUGAAAUUAUAUGUACUGGAGCACCGGUUUAAAAAAUAUAAAAGAUAUAAACCGAAAAAUGAAAACAUCUUGUAAACCUAGGGAAAUAUAAAGUAUAACAUAUUAUUAUUCGGUCAAUACGUAAUCGUUAAAUAUUAUUAUUGUAUCAGGAUUGAAAUGUAACGACUGAAAAUUUAUACGUAUUGCUUUUAUUCCAUAUAUAUAUUGGGGUUUUCAAGAUUUUUCUUUAAUUGUCUGCUGGUUCUGGCUUCUGAACACACGUUUAACCUUUGACUUUUGUUUACGCCAUUUGCAAAAUGGCAGCAGGAAUAAACUGCAGGGAAGCGUUGUUUAACAGGAGUAAUUUCGCUGUAUGUAAUAUGCCUUGUUAUGCAAUAAACGGCUCCUCCUACAGUAUAAAAGACUGCAUGCAGGAGUUUAUUAGAUCCUUUACAGUAUAUACUAACUAUUUUUCCCCGAGGGUACUAAUUCCGCAAGUCUAAUUAUGCCCGGGUAUGUAAAAACAUAGCGAAGUGCAAAGUUGUCCUCCAUUUUGUUUAUGUCAAGGACGGUUUUCGACAUUAUGCGCAUGCGCCAGUACAAGCUCUGUCUAAGUAAUUGUUUUUCAUUUUGAAAGGACGUAUUUUGCUGUUUUACAGCAAUUUUUUUGUUUUAAAUUUCGUUAAAAAGUUUACAAAAGUACAAAACUUUUUUCUUUGAUUUUAACUGGAAAUUAAUAAGCCUGUAGUUUAAUGAAUCAGCCACCAGGCUGUUCAAACGUGAAGCAAAGUUUGUAUUAAAUAAUUGUUUUGAUGUUUUGAUGUUGAUAUUUUUAAUAAUUUAAUCGUUGUUGUGCCGGUUUGGGUAAGUGUAAACACUUCAGCAGUAAAAUGUCAUACCGUAUUUGCUUUGUGUUUUCGAUUUUAUUCAUAUCUGCCGAUCCGCGAAAUUCUUAAGCCAUUAACUCGAUAAUUCACCAUAAAUAAUUUGUUUUAAUGGAAGCUGGUAUACAUGAAAUUGCAGCGAAUGUUAUCGUUUACAAAACUAGCGCAUCUGUUGUGUUUUUAUGUUUGUUUAUAAUGGUCUUAAUGCUUUAUGUGGAGUUUUUAUACUGCAUCUGUUAAGAAAGGCGAGGGGUUGAUGCAUGCAUGUAUUUUCUAGUAGUAUAGUAAGCUUUCCACUACAUCAUACCCAGGCGCUUUAUGAUUGGGAACAUGAAGAUUAUGGUGGAGGCGAGCCAUAUUUAGCGAAAACCCUACUCCAACUUAACGAAAAGCACGGCCCGUUUAACUGUUGUUUGAAAAUGUAUUUUUAUUUCUCGCUAGAACAAAAUGAUUAAACCAAUUUUCGCUUAAAUGAAGCAGGCUACGGUUCUGCUAUUUUCAAGACUCAGAACUUUCAUCAAAAUUUUUGUUCUAUAUUAAUUUUGGAAUAUCUUACGUUAAUGGUUGGUUUAAGUAAUAGGCCUGUACACAGCAUUGCCUUACUUUUUUUGAGAUAGACAAACUCAACUAAGGCGCAGGUGGGUGGUUGUAUGUCCGCUACAGCAAGGACGAGGUGCUGUACAUAGUUUGUGAACGUAAGGAUUUUGACAGUUGUGUAUUAAGAAAUUAUUCGAAAAUUUAAGAAACCGACGAAAAGUUCGAUGCAAUUCAGGAGAAUUUUGAAUUUGUGGUACAGCGCCUCAUUAAAUAUUGAAUGUCUUUUAAAUCUUCUUAAUGAUCUAUUGAUGAUUUUACAAGACAUAACAAUUGAUCUAUUACAGUGACUUACUGUAUACCCCCAAAAUUUCGGCCACUGUGCAUUGUGUUUAAGCCAUGAUAAAUAUUCUCGUGCAGGAUAUACUACGUACACAGCUAAUUACUAGACAGGCACCAGCCCCGGUUAUCCUGACAUGACAGUAUAAGCGCACAAAUCCCUACAUACUAUUCCAAUCUAUAAAGCCAUUGAAGCCCAAUGAAUGAGUGUAGUAUGUAUAAUCCCUGUAGUAAAAAGAGGCAAAAUGCUUAUUUCUCGGUCCAAUUCCGCCUCUGAAAUUUAAAACAAACAUCGUAUAAUAUUUCACUUUUGCGAUAUCUUUGCAUGAUACAUGUUAAUAACUAUACUGACCGAGAGUGAGGGCAGUACGGGAAAAUCUAGUAUCCAACUGAAGACUUGCUGUAUUGACCAAGCGAUAGCGAGUUCAAUACAGCAAGACCGAGGUUGGAUAUUUUCCGUACUGCUCGAACGGUUGAGGUCAGUAAUUUUUUUGUUAGCUAUAUGGCAAUGUACGUUUGUAGAAAAUGGGAAAAAAGGUCACGCGAGGGUAAAGUACAAAAUCCGACACAUUUAAAAAAAACAAUGGUAAAACAUUUUCUCUUGGUUAAUAGUGAAACUACUCUACAGCACUUUUUAUAGAAAACUAUAACACAGUUUGGAUAGUAUUUCAAGAAAAAUACGAGGUAUUUCGCCAUUUGAUCAAAGACAACAAAAUAAUUAAUAUGGAAACAAUAAAAUUAAUAAAAAGCAUCGACAAGUACGUUUUUAUAGUUCGCUUCAUCUCAUAUAUUUAUGUCUCUUUUUAUCUAAUAAAAACAGAAAUUUUCAAGGAGAAAUUAUAAAUCUGUGGCUGCUUUAGUUGUAUUAUUUAUUUAGAUGGUGUCAAAUUAAAUUCCUUCUGGCUUCUGCAAAUAUGGAUCUCUUUACAUGUUCAAAACAGAACUAUUCUUGACUGCUUUAAUGGUUAUAAACAUUGUAAAAUUUGUAUAAGUAAUCAGGCGAUGGCGAGUACAAUUAGAGAUUACUAGUACGAGUGAUGUUUGGAAAUUUUGCCAAAAUUGAAAUAAUUAAUGAAUUACUUAUACUCCUCUCAACCAAUCAGCAUCCAGUAAUUUUGUCAUGCUAAUAAUAAAUCCUGUAAUUACGACUUUCGCUAACAAAAACAUAUAGAGAAAGUUCUUUAACAGCCAGCUCCUUGUCUCUAUUUCAUAGGUUUACUUUCUUCGUUUUGAAUAGUUUGAAAGAAUCUUAGACACUUUUUGCUGUUUGAAACUGGGUUCUCGUCGCAGGCUCGCAGCUUCGCAGCGCAUUAAAGUUGAUUUACGUAUUGCCCGUGGGCAAUACAGCAAAAUCCUCCCUCGUCAGCAACCAAUCAAAUUGCGCGAUUCAUCAAAACAAAUGCUUGCCAUAUAUAUAAUUAAAAAAAUUGUUAUUAACUUAUCAUGUAACUUCAAUUUCUUUCAUUUGUCUUAUUUGCACUUUUUUAUUUUCCAUAUUCAUUUAAUAUUUUAUAGAUAAUUUGAAUACCAUGCAUAUAUUGCUAAAAAACUAGCCAUUUGUAGGUUGCAUGGCUCGCAUACAUAAAUGUAAGUAGCUAAUUUCUUUUUUCCAUCUUUGCCGUUGUUGGUUGCCAAACUGUCUAUUGGAAUAUAUAUGAGUCUACGUUUGCACUGUACCGGAUAGCCUUCCGUAGCGAUGUAAAGAAACACCUACACUGUAAAUUUCAAGACUUGAAUCAACUCCAAAAGUGUCAUCUGUCACCAAAAACGGUGACAUGAGAAUGACACUUUCGGAGUUGAUUCAUCUCUUUGAAAUUUACAGUGUAUCCUUAUCUUUUAGGAAUGCUAUUUUCAGAGGAAUUAUUGCAACGGAGAGAAGUUGUUUCGUUCAGCUUCUGAAAGUUUUAUAUUCUGUGUCGGAUACGGCUAGCUGCUUUUUCACGGCGCUAUGGAAAUCUGUAUCCGGUAUAGCGUAAAUGUAGGCUUAUACUAUAUUUGAAACCAGACACUGUUUGAAUAAGUAAAAUAAGCUUUAUUAACAUAGAUUUUAGAAUGAUUUGCUGUAGAUUGUACUCCAUUACCAGAAAUUGGCGACAAAAUGGCCACUGCUUGUAUACUAAUGUGUGCAACGAUUCAUUAUUUGGCCGCUCGGACAGAUAUACCCGAUCUAAAUAACUCUGCCACCGAAACAUUAGCAAAUGAAUGCCUUAUUCUUCACGAGGUCGGAAACAGUAGCCGAGUUCUCAAAUUGCCAUAAUUUGGAGCUAAAUAUUUUCGCCCUAUAUAUUUCCUAUUAAAAAUUGAAAGCCAUUGUAAAUGGAUUGUAUGCAAAUUAGUAUACAAAAGGAGGCCAUUCUGUCGUUAAUUUCUGAUAAUGCCAUCAUCACAAAACUCGUACUACUGACUGCUUCUAUUCUUUCCCAUUGCCAGUUAUUUGAAAAUAAUUUUGCUCAUAUAAUAUUUAUAACUGGAAAAAUAAAAGAACAUGCAGACUGCGGAGUAGAAUGGACUUGAUUGGUGCUGGUAUGUCCAGAAUCGUUUGUUUGAUUGUUCUUUGAAUCAAAGUUGUAUAGUGUGCAAUUAGAUAAAAAGAACAUCAGCGUAAAAAAAUUAUUUAGUUUUACUUUUAGGGUAAACGAACACUGCUUCUACCAUUUACAUGCAUGAUAUAUCUGAAUUUGUGUCUUACACUCGCACAAAUAGACAAUUACACCGUAGUAUUUAAACAUUGUAUAUAAUAAUGUAAAUGUUAAAUAAAUUGGCUAAAAGUAAAUGCGUCAAUUUCUUCAAAUGGUUUAUAAUUAUUUUUAAAAUCUCCAGCGACCUAUAUGAAGAGGUUUUGUGAUUAGCUAGAAAUACAUGUGUGCAUGCAGAAACACCUCGCUUUCCAGCAAAACGACAACAUUUCCCAAACAUGAAGUAUUUGAACUGGUUGUCACGAGAACACGAUUAUUUAAACAUUUAUUAGUGUUUUAACAUUCUAUAUAAUAUUAUAUAAUAACCUUAAGAAUUCAUGCGAUAUCAUUGGUCGAGAGCCAUGAUAUAUUUGAGGACAGACGCACGGAAUUACGUCAUUAGUUUUUAAAAUGUCGAAAAUAUUUGAAAAUUCCACUGAAUUUAUACAAAUUGAAUGAAUUAAUGCAAUUAAAUCUAUCAACAUCAAUAAAUACCUUCGAUAAAUGUGCAAAAAUCACUCUCAAAAGCUAGCAACUCGGAAAAUCUCAAUUCAGGCAUUCAGCUGCGACUUCAAAUUCAAUCCGGUCUUCGAAAACAAAUACUGUUUGAGUCAUUUGACACUGUUGAUGUCACGUUUUCCAGCUGGUGUCUUUACUUUGUGCAACAUAGGCAAUGUUUAAGUGCUUUUCAAUCACCAUAGUCGCUCAGAACAAAGUAAUUGCCUUUUUAUCACACCUUUUUAUUUCUUUAAAACAAUGUUUUUUCACUGUUUUGUAAAAAUUAUUAGUUUUUCCUUAUUCAUUACCGUCUAGCGUAUUCUAAGCUUAGCCAAUCAGAAUUCAGCACGUGACUUAAGCGAGCCAAUGGCAUUUCGUUAUUUGUAUAGAUCAUGAACGCGUGGUAUUUGCAAAAUUUCGACUUCCAAAUGUUUGGGGGAAUAAAAAUAAACUGUUUUUUCAAUUUUAUUAUAUAAAACAAAUUGAUUACAUUUUCCCGUUAUCUGUUCAGUUAUAGAUACACAGUAUGACGUCAUAUGUGUUAAAAACAAAAAGUGACCACUCCGUCCACUCGCCUAGGAGGCACGUGGACACUUUUUAAUUUUGUUCUUAUCACAUAUGACCGUCAUACUGUGUAUCUAUAACGGUUAAAUGUAACCUAUUUGUUAAAUGUAAAUGUUAAAUAAAUAGAUUAAAAGUAAAUGCGUCAAUUUCUUCAAAUGGUUUAUAAUAUUUUUAAAAUCUCCACCAACCUACAUGAAUAUGUUUUGUGAUUAGUUGAUUACUACAAAUACAUGCAUGCAUGCAGAAACCCUUUGCUUUGUCAGCAAAACCACUAUACUUCCCAAACAUGAAGUAUUUGAAGUGGUUAUCAUGGUAACACCAUAACUUUAUAUUUUUUAUUUAUUUUCAAAAUUGAAAAACACGUCUGAAAUACACCCUUUGGCCUGGGAGCCUCGCUCUCAUGAAUCCGUGAGCCAAUAACCUUGCGUAAUUUACUUACGAGAACGAGGCUCCUAGACCAAAUUUGCGACGUAAUCAACGAAAGGGCGUAUUAUCACUUUUAAUUUUCAAAAUAAUCAAUUUUCCAAAUAUAUACGACAGCUAUGUUAUUAUGCAUAAUACAAACUUCAAUUUAGUGUAAAAUGAGCCACAUACGCUUCACAACUGCCUUUUAACGAUAUAAAACUUUGAGUUUCAAAUAACAACGAGGGUCUCCUAAGAGUUUUGGGGGAACAAGGGAACUAGUCGUUUGAAAUCGGAGUUGGCGCAGCAAGCGAUAAAGACUUACAUGUUUUUUUUGAACUAACGAGCAGAGCCGUUGCAAGAACUUUGUCCGAGUAAGCUUAGAUUUAUCUGAAUUUUUCCAUCUAUGGUUGGUGCCGAACAAAAGUUUUUGAAAAUUUGAAGUCUCUAUACUGUCGGAUAUGGCAUUUUUAGACUCUUUCCUACCGAAUAUUUCAAUAUUUUAGCAUUGCUUAACAAUGAAGAUAAGCAUUGUUACUUACAGUUAAAGUUCAAUGUGAGUAUUUGAUUAGGAAAAUUGAGAAAAUUUUGGAGUCUUCAGAUCAUAAGAAAGUGUAUUUGGCCAUGUCCCCCCUACUACGACGAGGGUAGGUUUUUUCUAGUAAGCAAUUUUAAGAAAUAUAUUUUACUAAAAUCUCUGUUACAUUGCCUACAGUUUAAUAGAGACAAUGACAUCGUGAAAUGAGAGAACUCAAUAAGGAUUUUAAAUUAAAGAACAGCUCAUUCAGGGUGGCAAUUACGGUUUUAAAAACUAGGUACGCAUUGCGUACAUGUGGUUAGCCUAUAGGAUUGGCAAUUGUUAUAGCGUCAUAUAGCUGAUUUCGUUCAAUAUAAUGAACGAAAUAUCUUGGUUGAUUUUUCAACCAUUGAACCAUAAAAUUUUUAUUCUUCAUUCUUUGUCGUAUGAAACCAAAUACCGUAUAACAUAGCCAUAAUACAGCAACCUUUUUAAAAACAAACCAGAAAAUAUUAAAUUAGCUCUACUAUUUCGUUGUAAACGGCUAAAAUAAAAUUUUAAAACUCUUUCUCGCUCAGUCCCAAGCAUCGUAGGUCGCUAAAAGCUGCCAAGAUUUAAGGUCCAGACACACCGGGCGCGAUUCGACAACGCGACGCGAUUUUUUAGUUUUUGAAAGUUAAUACAACAGCCAAUGAGAACAAAUCUUAAAAGACAUGUAGACCAAAUAACGCAAAAUGUUAAACGCUUCUAAAUACUUGGAAAAUUUAAACUUAACUAGGAUUAAAGUCAUCGGUCAGUGAAAGUCGAAAAAUCGCGUCGCGUUGUCAAAUCGUAUCCCGUGUAUCUGGACCUUUAGAUGUUCAUAUCUUGAGUUUAGUGCAUGCUAUGAAAAAAUCAAAUAGUUCCUUACAAUAGCUUUAGUCAUUAUCAACAAUUGUAGCUAUUUAUUGCCUCUGAAAGACAAGCGAGAUCGUACCUUUCGUUGAACGUAUAACUUCGGCCACGCUACAGGGGUAAUGAAUGUGACUCGAAUCGGUUUCCGACCAACAGUUUCCGACGUUUCCCAAGUGCUAGGACAGCAUUGUUUCGACAAUCAGUUUGUAUUUCCGGUCGAAGCUCUCACUAAAAAUUUAGAUAUUCUGAAAUACCGAAAUACCGAUAUUCUGAAAUACCGAAAUCUGUAGAUACAAGCUUGAAAAUAACACUCAGAAUAGUGUUUAGAAUUCUGAUUCGAACAAACUGUUGCGAAAAUGAAAUAUUGAAAGGGACCAAAGUUCUGUUCGGCGAAAGGUUAUGCACUGAUGCCUUAGUUGGUAAUACAUUGAGAUUGUUUACAUUGUUCGGGAAAAUUGUGUGAAAUAUGGUAUCGCUUAAACUUCUAAAGAUCGUAAAUCGCUAUAAUGUUCAUGUUGACAUUUUACUAAAACCAUCAUUAGUAAAGUAUUGACAAAAUUCGUCCGCAAAUUUUUUAUGAUCCGAUAUGAUGUUAUUUUUUAUGUUGAAAGAAGUCGUGUAGGUUGACUUCUUCUUAAGACUGUUUAUGACCUCAUUAAUCAAUUUCCAUGUAGUUUUCAA